GCCAUUUUUUUUUUUUACAAAUAGAAAAAAAGUGCACAUGGCGGAUAGAGUUCUCUGAAGCAGCGUCUGGAAGCUGCAAACAACUAGACUAACUAGACAAAGGGAAUCUUUCCAGAACAUGAAGAAUUUGUGAACUGGACUACAAAGUAUAAGAGUAUAGAAGCAGCCAAAAUCUCAGAAGAUGCUGUUGUUUGAGACAAAUAGAGCAAUCCUGAAAGCCUUUGCAACCUUCGGAUCUGUUACACUGAGCAUUUUGCUAAUUGGAUUUAUGGCAGUGCUGAAUCGUAACUUCACAUGCCCAUGUAGACCUGAUCAGAAUAAAUCGCUAACAGUGUCCAUCUUCAUUGGACCUGCUUUUUUUUCCUUGGUUAUAAUGUUUCACAUUUUAAGGCCUCUUAGAUAUGGAUGGUUUCACUGCCUGGAAGGCAGAUAUGAUGAUGAUCGUCAGAACUGGCCUAAAGCUCUCAUAUCUUGUCUGAUUCCACCGGUGAUGUGGAUCUUCAUGUUGUUACUUGAUGGUGAUUACGUUGCUUGUGCCAAGACAGAAUGGAACGGAAAUUAUGUUGAGGAUCUGGACCUAGACAAGCCAUGGUGUAAACCUAUCGAAGGGAUGCGAAAUGAGACCAAGCUACGAGAUUUGACUCGCAAAUAUAUCCAUCAGUCUCAGUAUGCAGGUUAUGUUAUGAUAGCUAUCUUCAGUGCGCUGUCCCUUGCCGUUGUGGGUAUUCAUGACUGCUGCAUUAGUGGAAAAUGUGACUGCUGCAAAAAUCGGCUGCUGCUAUUCUUUGGACGAAAAGAAAGACCCAAUGAAGAAAUUUAUGAAGAACAGGAUGAUGAAGAUCCCACCUCCAUCAACAGCACACACCCACUUGUUGCUUUUUCAAAACGAGAAUAAUCUGCUGAAUUUCAAGGGACCUAGCCCACAACACACUAAGGGGCUAAAUUCACACAACUCUUUUUAGAAAAUUUGUUUUCUAUGUAAAUAUACACAGUACGUACGAUUUUGACUGGAUUUUUUUUUUACAACUUUCAAAAAUUUUGACAUUGAUAGUUUGACCUUGCAAUCGUAGAAUCACAUUCUUAUUUAGGCCUUUCCAAAACAAAAGAAGUUUGACUUAAAACAAAAAAGCAUCUCUUUGUGCACUGCCCUUCCUGUUAAUGGUAUGUUUAUGGAAUCCCGAAUGUUUAUGGAAUUGCAUGAAAGAAAAUAUGCAAUUUGGACUUUUUUCUUAGAAUUAUGAGAGUCAGAACUGCAACAUUAUAUCUUGGAAUUAUGACUUUAACUUGACUUUAAUUUUGACUUUUUUUCUCAGAAUAGUGAGAUACAGACUCGUGGUGAAUUUAAAUAUGUCACAUGAAUUUAAAGAUAUUAUUAGUGCUUGUAAAAUGUAUUUCCUUAUAAAACGAGCAUUUAGAGUUUAGCGAUCUCCAUCGAUGCAGCUGAUAGACGAACGAGGAGUUGAUGCGUGUUUUCGAGGUAAUCCUCGGUGACACAUGUAUAACAGGCACGGACAAUAUGUUUAUAACCUUACGGAAUAUAUAUAUGGAUGCAUUGAUGGUUUCUCCGGAAAAAUGAUUUGGCUUGAAGCAUACAAAACCAACAGUAUCCCACAAGUAAUUGCAGGUUACUUCCUACAAGCUGUUGCUGAGAAUAACAGAC